AUGCCUUCCCCCCACAAUGACCCUCCGCUGCCGCUGCAGGAGGUACUGGAUGUGGUCAACUUGACCCCGGAAGGGGAAGCUCGCCGCUUCAUGGGGAGGAGAGCCGCCCACCUACCGGGCUCCGACUUCACGGGGGACGAACUAUUGCUCCCCAGGCACAACGCAGCGUUCGGCGGCCAUGUGUAUGCCCAGGCAGCGUUGGCCGUGGCCCGAGCCUGGAGGGAACUGGAGGAUGAGAGGGGGGCAAAGCAGGGUGAGAGGCUAGAUCUUCAUACAAUCCACGGCUUCUUCACCCGCCGGGGCAUCUCGGACCGCCCCUUCCUCUACACGGUAACGCCCAUCACCACCUCCCGCAGCUUCAGCACCCUUUCCGUCACCGCGCGCCAGCCCUCCGAGCCCAGCACCAACCCGCAAGGCGACCACUUCCCGCCAGCCGACGCCUCCCUGCCCCUCUCCCCGCCGUGCUUCACCGCCAUCUGCUCCCUCAAGCUUCCCGAGCCCGACAGCGCCGGCGUCUCCAUGCAGGAAGACCCGCCGCAAACCCGCUUCGCCCCCAUCCUCUCCUCCAGGAAGCCGGAGGACUGGCCACCAUCCCCACCCGUCGACAUCACCGGCAUGGUAGAACUCGCGGGUGCCGACCAAGCAGGCCGCUUCCCCGUCGCGACCAUGCGCAAGGUCGACAUGACGGCGUACAACGCCGACAGGCCCGUGCACGAGCGCCGCGAGCUGAUCUUGUACAAGCUUCUCCGCCCCUUACCCUGCUCCUCCUCCUCGGGCGGGGAGGGACUGUUGUGGGACGCCAACGCGCAUAUUGUGGCGCACGCGUUCGUCGCGGACAAGAAUGGCUUGCUCAUGACGGGAAACCAUGUUGGGUUUGGAUACUCGCUCGCGAGGGCCGCGAGUCUCAGCUAUAGCUUUGUGGUGCAUGUCAAUGCCGAGCAGGCGGUCAUGCGCGAGGAGGAUGGGUGGUGGGUGCAGGAGGCGUGCUUUCCGAGGGCGGCGGCGGGGAGAGGGGUUGUGGAGUGCAAGAUCUGGAGUCCGAGGGGAGUGCAUGUUGCGACGGAGUAUCAGGAUGGGUUGGUCCAGGGCUUGGAGAUGGGGAGUAGUAAGCUGUGA